AUGAUCGCUCUUGGCGAACUCAUCGAGCGACCCUUAUUUAAAGCUCGGAUCGAAAAAUGGCAGAAGAUACUUUUCUGCGUCUUCUUCCUCCCUCUUCUGGCCAUUGGCCUGCUAUGCGGACUGACUGGGAUGGGGUCGUCAGACCACUUUCGAACAGAACAUGGGAUCAUUGGCUUGGUCACGGCAGUUUUGGCAACUUUGGCAGUAGGAGUAUACCUCAUCGAGAACAACCUCAGACCAAAGAUCUCUAUAAGCAGGAAAUGGCGCCGAGUACACAUGAUGGUCAACUACACCGACAUCUUUAUCUGCCAGGCUGUGCUCAUGCUUUCUGGCUUUGCCCUGCCCGACGGAAUCGACGACUUUCAAGUCAUGAGUCUUUGCGGCACAAGGCAUAUCUCCACCUCACUCUCUUUCUCGGUGGGCAUGAUGGUAGCGUUCGUAUGGAACAGUGCGAUGGCAGCUAUGACGCUUCAGUGGUGGCUUGUUCGCAGGGCUAGUGAGGACAAGCCUCCUGGCAAGAUAUGGCGGGUGGUAUCGCGCGUCUUUAGGCGGAAAACCAACACCUGUGAGGAUGAUCAGUAG